GGAAAGCCGAGUAUGGAGUUCUGACCACGGAUGAGCAGAACAAAGAAUGUUGACGGACUCUUAACUUGCACUCCCCAUGGCAACACCAUCCGGCCACGACAAAGACGUCACUUACGUGGUUUCCAUUGUCCACGGCACGGCACGCAGCUGGCUCCUCGAACUGGACCGACACCCGAAAGAACAGCGAAAAUGGACCGUGGAUUAAAGCGCCGUCAGGUCAAACCGCUUGCUGCUUCUCUUCUCGAUGCCCUGGAUUAUAACAGCUCAGAUGACAGUGACUUUGAAGUGGGAGAUGCCUCAGGAUCGGAUGGGACGGGCAAAGGAAGUGAUGAGGAAGGCUCUAAACCAAGUGCUACUGGCUCUGAAAGCGACUCGGAUUCAGUCUGCUCAAUAGAUGAUGGAAUAGAAGAAGAGCCAACAGAUCCUAUUGCUGAGGAUUCCCCGGGAGAAGAUGAAGAAAAGUCCAAACGGCAGGUCUUCUUGGACACUGCUACCAAAGAUAGCGCUGCCGUAAGUCAAGCCAAAGGCAGGCGAAAGAGCAAGAAGCUUUCAGAGCCCGAGUCCAGCGCAGAAGCCGACAACGUUUCCGCCUCGCCGUCCGGGGCCGGCGGCGAGAACGUAGACGCGGCCGAGGCCGAGCCGAAAAAGUGGAACUUUCGCAGGAACCGUCCGCUGCUUCACUUUACGACCAUCGAGGAUCUAAAUGAGAUGGACGACUACGAUAGUGAAGAUGACAAUGACUGGAGACCCUCAGCCGGGAAGAAGAAAGGCAAGGCGGCCGCCCAGAAAGAGGAAGAAGACGAUGCCAGCGCGGAUGAUAACGACGGGGACGACGACGACAAGGAUGACGACGACAAGGACGACGACGAUGACGACGACGACGACGACGAUGAUGGCAUUGGUGAUGAGGAUGAUGAGGAAGAUGAAGAAAACAGUAGCAGUGAGAGUGACAAGGAGGUGAAGAAACCCAAGAAGAAGCCUAAGAAUACUAACGCUUUUGAUGAAGAAUUAACAAAUGACAGCAUGUCCCAAGGAAAAGGAAAUGAGGAUGCCUCGCUAGAUCGCUCCCAGACUUGGAGCGCUCAGCACAUCCUCAUAUGCUCUGUUUGCCUAGGAGACAACAGUGAGGAUGCAGAUGAAAUCAUUCAGUGUGACAACUGUGGCGUUACUGUGCAUGAAGGAUGCUACGGCGUGGACGGUGAGAGCGACUCUAUCAUGAGCUCGGCAUCGGAGAACUCGACAGAACCUUGGUUUUGUGACGCCUGUAAGAAUGGAGUGAUGCCGAGCUGCGAGCUUUGCCCCAACCAGGAUGGUAUCUUCAAAGAGACAGACGCGGGAAGAUGGGUGCAUGUGGUAUGUGCGCUCUAUGUUCCCGGUGUUGCGUUCGGAGAUAUAGAUAAACUACGACCGGUCACCCUCACUGAGAUGAAUUACUCCAAAUAUGGGGCCAAGGAAUGCAGUUUCUGCGAAGAUAAUCGCUUUGCAAGAACCGGCGUGUGCAUCAGCUGCGAUGCGGGAAUGUGUCGAUCUUACUUCCAUGUCACUUGUGCGCAGAGAGAAGGACUCCUAUCAGAAGCCGCUGCUGAAGAGGAUAUUGCAGAUCCAUUUUUUGCCUAUUGUAAGCAGCACGCAGAUCGCUUUGAUAGGAAGUGGAAAAGAAAAAACUACUUGGCUUUGCAGUCUUACUGUAAAGUGUCUCUGCUGGAAAGGGAGAAACAGCUCACUCCUGAAGCUCAGGCACGAAUCACAACACGCUUGCAACAAUACCGAGCAAAAGCAGAGUUGUCCAGGAACACUCGACCUCAAGCGUGGGUGCCGAGGGAGAAGCUGCCGCGACCUUUGACCUCCAGCGCCUCGGCCAUCCGGAAAUUAAUGAGAAAGGCGGAGCUGAUGGGGAUCAGCACGGACAUUUUCCCGGUAGACACGUCCGACACCAACGCUUGCAUGGACGGACGUCGGAAACACAAGCAGCCUGCCCUCACUGCCGACUUUGUCAAUUAUUACUUAGAGCGUAACAUGCGAAUGAUCCAGAUCCAGGACAACAUCUCUGAGCAGAAAGGCUUAAAAGACAAGCUUGAAAAUGAACAAGACAAACUGCACGUGGACUACAACAAGCUGUGUGAAACUCUAGAGGAGCUGCUUAACGUCAACGGAGAUCUGCGAAGCGAAGGCCAGGAAAUAUGGACUCUGCUCGGGGACAUCCUAGGCCAGAAACUAAACACUCCAGCUGUUCUGAAAGCCCCCAAAGAAAGGAAGUCUUGCAAAAAAGAGGGGGGAUCACCAGGGAAGCCAUCUAGCCUGCCGGCAAUUCUCUACAGCUGCGGCAUCUGUAAAAAGAACCAAGAUCAACAUCUGCUAGUGCUGUGUGACACCUGCAAACUGUACUAUCAUUUGGGCUGUCUGGAACCACCGCUGACACGGAUGCCCAAGAAGACCAAAAACAGCUACUGGCAAUGCUCAGAGUGUGACCAGGCAAGCAGCGAUGAAACUGACAUUGCUAUGGAGACGCUACCCGACGGUACAAAGAGGUCCAGGAGGCAGAUCAAAGGGCCGGUCAAAUUCAUCCCGCAAGAGAUGUCGCCCGAGCCCAAAAGAUCUCAAGUUAGAGGCACGAGAACCAGAGGACAGAAAAGAAAGAAUAUCCCUAUCUGCGAAGACACGGAGGAGAAGAUCGAGGAUUUGCUGCCAAGGGAGCGCAGACAACGGCAGUCGGCUGUGCUAAAAAAAAACAAAGCGGACGACGUGAGGAAUGAGUGUGCAACCAGUGACGGUGAAAAUCUUCAGGUCAGGUUGUGAGAGCCACCUCAACCGGCAAUAAAACGUGGGACCGACGAACAAAGGAAAAAUUGUUGCUCCAAGAGCAAGACGAUGUCCUUUGAUGAACAGCUGUCUACAGAAUUGCUCUGAGAAUGGCAUCCUGACAUUAAACCGCUCAUCUGUCCUGUUUUUCCGUCUUGCGAUAAUUACAUUCAGCAACUCUUUGUUUUUGUGGUCGUGAGACUCCGUGGCAAAACAAGAGUAAGUGACAGCGUAGAUGGAGCAGAACAAAAUAUGUCAGAAAAGGAGACGUUCCUUUUUUUUUUUUUUAAACCUGUCCUUUUCAGCUGCUUAGACACAGACAAUGGGAGUCUGAGUGUCUUUGUAGGCUGAAAAGUUUUAAUGUGCCAUUUGGAAGUCUGGUGUACUGCCCUCGUGGUUGCUUUGUUUAUUUGGAGAAAGCUGUGGACGGGACAGGCAAAUCAAAAAGGAAAACACAUCAUAAAAUACACUUAUUGCGGUGAUAUUGCACUGUAUUUUCCACGUGAGGAGAGGCUAGCAACCAAAGAGGAGGGAAGAUGGAUCGGAUAGGGCAAGGGGAAUGCGCAAGCAACCAGUAUGAGGACAAAUCAUCUGUGAAUGUUGUUAAUGAGACAAGACAUUCUACUGAAUGCCAAUCCUGGCACCAACAAUGCUGUUUACCUGAAUGUGCCUAGUCAUGCGCGAACACACUCUCCUUCAGUGGAUGAGGGAAUUUGACUGUGUUACUAGUGGCAACAGGUACACGGCUCUUGGAUGGAAAAUGUGCUAGGAGCUGUAUUGAAUGGCAGUUUUGGGAUGAACUGCAUGCUCAGGAAGGAGGCUUCUUGUUUUGUUUCAAAUGCCAGUCAAGUCCCUUUUUGUUGGGAUGGCAGCUUGGUGAGCAAUGCUUCCAAAAUCUCCUUUGCCUUGUCAGUAAAACAACAGUAAGGAAUACAAUACAACAACUAGAUAGUUUAUUUUCAGCAUUUCUUGCUGUGACUCAACAAUAAAGACGCUCGACUUGAGCCAGCAGGAAGCGGUGGUUCGUUUCAACCAUAUGGUAUCGGAGUGGCGUACUUGGAAAGCUACUUCAAUAGAUAAAUUGUAGAUACCAUAAAAGGGGCAUAUCAUACAGUAACUGUCAAUAUGUGUUGCAUUAUGAUUCAAGUAGAAUUCAAUUCUAAAAAUGUCAUCUUUUUUUUUUUUUUUUUUUUUUCCACUGGUCAGAUGUUUGCCAUGCACUGUGUCGUAAAGCACUCUUUUCUGAUGUGGCAUAAUGAUGCAUUACAGAUGCCGUGCUAGAUACAUCGUUAUACAUAGGCUUCUUGCAAUGACAAAUGUUAAUGGGCGAUAUAUUGUCUCAUAAAUUAUUGCUAAUAUGUGAUAUUACUGUCGAAAAAUGGAACCAAUUUGACCACUAAAGUAAUGACAACAUAUCCUAAUAAACCACCCGCUCAAAUGUAAUACAUUUUUAUUCCUAAAUGAAACAACCUAUAUUGCAAUAAUAAUCAUAAAUGGGUUUAUUUUUUAAAAAUCUCAAUUUAUAACGUCUCAUUUGAAAGGUAGCUUCGUGUAUGUAGAAUGUGAAAUGGGUGAGAAAUUCUUCUCUACCAAAAGCCCAUCAAAAGCAUUGAUUUCAUCCAAAAUCUUGGCCUGCAAAUUAUUUGAAGUCAACUAUUUCAUCAGAUUUUGGCUGUCAUCUGAAAACUAUCGGAAUCUGAAAUAUGUGAGACUUACACACAAUGCAGAUAUCUGCAUUGAUGUUGCUUUUAUUUGGUAAUGUUCAGCCAAAGUGCGCGCCUUAAGCCGCUAACCGUACACUUGGUAAAAGAAAAAAGUGUACAUGUGGUUAUAUUUAAAAAAAAAAAAAAAAAAAAAAAAGUCCUUACGCAUGUGGUGUCAGUUGUACAUUUUUUUGGCAUUGUUCACAAAUGAUGUAAACCAGCGAGUUUUAAUGUGUCAAAGUGUCACCGAAAGCUUGCGUUUUGGAGAAGACUGCUAGGGGGCUACGGCCGGGCGGGCCAGGGUUUGCGAGUGUAAAAGGGCGAGGGGAGGGUCAAACAGAAAGGUAAGAUGAUGCACUUAACUCUAAUACAGUAUACAAGCCCACGAGUACGAACAAUCAACAGCAACCACGAACGGUCGUCCGGAGGGGCCGCGGGUCACAAACGACAGGCACCUCGACCUCCCCUCGGUGGAUAAGGCCCAUUACUGCCCAUCGCACCUGCACCUUGUUCCCAUUUGUAACGCCGCCGUGUAAUAUAGAUGUGUUUUCUUAUGUUGUAUGUCUUAAGUUUUAGUUCUACGGUGUGUUGAUGACCAAUAAACAUCUGUAAAAGGAACCGGAGUCUCGUUUGCAAUCAACGGGUGAAUGUUUAACACGCACGUGUGUCGAGUGUAAGCCGGUAAAACGAGCGACCUUAUUUUCAUUUACCGUGCGGUGAAUUGACUUCUUGCGCAUCGCCAAAGGUUUUGCUGUACACGCAUACACAGAUAGGAGAGUGAAUAGUAAUUGCAUUCAAAGGAAUGAAAAAAUCUCACGAGUCACAUUCAGGGGUCGGUCGACCGUUGAUUUAGUCUUAUUCAAUUGUUGACAGUUGACUGGCACGUCUUGACAUGAAAGCCGAAGCUCGGUCUCCGCAUCCCUCGUGGUCCUUUGUCAGGAAUUUUCUCUGUCAGGACACUUGACAAGUGUCCCGUCCGUUGUGCCCUUAAAUGUCACUUUGUUGAAAAUACACACUCCUCUCCAUGCUUCUGGGACCGUCGGUGCGAAUGAAGUUUACUGUUGGUCUUUGCAAAUGAAGUUUAUCUGAAUGUCGUUAAGCCGUCUAAACGCAUCAUCAUUUUCCAUAAAUGGCUACGUCGAUCCACAUCUAAUCUACAUGCAUUUGUCGUAACUGAACACGACGAUUCAAAUUUUAUACAAUUGGAUUGAAUCUAUGCUGACCAUAGUAUUUUAUUGUUGUACAUUUGAUUCCAAAUGAUAUUUCCUACACA